AUGACAGACAAAUUAAAGUCCAGCACUAUCAAGUCCUUCACGACUCCCGGGUAUCCCGAUGUGGAUGAUAAACUCACCACAGUCCUGAAGGACGGAUGGUCUAAGCAAAUUUCUGAUUGGAUGGAGCAAGAGAUCAACGCGGGCUCAUUCGACGACAAAGGUAAAUGGGUCCCUCUUGAUGGUCCAUGUGACCAGCCAAGAACAAAACUCUCGCAGUUCUUCAACGGCACUAUCACCCCUUUCAACGUUGCUCAGAAACCAUCUCCUAUUUCAUGGAUUGGGUUCCCACGACUGGUCAAAGAGAAAACGUCCUCAGAUCUAGCGCGUUGGGAGCAGGCAGAUGAUCAUCGUGAUGAACAGGACGAGUACCUUGAGUGGACCGUAAAGAGGGACGAAAAUGGCAACAUUCUCAAUGCCACGUUCGUUUGCGAGGGGCCGGAGUAUUGGGCUUUCCUGGCACAGCAGGCCCCCGACAAGGCUUUGGAGCUUUACAAGACGCUUAAUCCUCAAUUUGCCCAUCAAAUGAAGCUGAAGGAUCUUUUCGAUACCAAUGGUACUUAUGAGCCCUAUAACCAAUGGAAUGGAGUAGUAAGGAGCGAUCCAUCGAGCGAGGACAACUUGAUUGUCAAGAACCCUGGUUGCAUCAUGCAUCUUGCUCAGAAGAAUAACACUUUGAGCGCUGAGAUUGACAUUGCAGCGCAAGGUACUGUGAUCCGACAACGAGAUGACGGCACAAUCAUCACAGAUCCGGUGGAACUUUGCAAAUGUUCCGCGUAUGGAAAUCCCACCCGCAACUCAGAUCCUAAGAUCGGAUCGAGCAUUAACUCCUUGGCCCGUAGCGGUGUUAAGGUGUCCAUUGCUGAUCCAGUGGCCAUCUACAUGCAGGCAUUCGACACGUCUAGCUUCAUGCUCGAUGCAGACGGGACUGGCGAGAACCUCCAGCCCAUUCCAGACGGCACGUUCACUUGGGUUCGCGGCAAUAUCAACAAGGCCAUGGGUUUGCGUUUGCACGUACAAAUUCCGGAUGGUGUGCUUGGCACAGGCGAUAACGAGGGCCGCCAGCUUCGGGUUGGCGACAUCGUCGAUACAAGUAACGGCCAGAACAUUAUCUACGGUGCACAGUUCGCAGAUUACAUUCAGAUGGGUGUCAAUGGCAUCAUAAUCCCAGAUGACACACCUGCGAAGCCUGUGGACUGCCCUUGCAAAUCGAAGAAGCAGAGUAACGGGCUCUCUGUGAAGCUUUUCAGUCUGAGUGCAGUCGCACCCCCCAAUGGAGCCAAAGCUUCACGUUUCCACGGGAGGGCUUGA